CUCAUACCAAAUACACAUAUACUAUAAAAGACGAGAACAGUAAAUGGUCUUACAUAGAAGAGGUGGUAGUAUUGGUAAAGCUUUAAACAGUAAUGUAGGAAGAAGAAGAAAGACUCAACAACAGCAACAACAACAACAACAAACAACAAAAAAACGUAGAAGAAGAAGAAGAAGAAGAUCAUUACAAUAUGUUUCUGAAGAUAAUAGUACAGAUAGCAGUUCAACAACUCGAUGUGUAUGCGGUGAGACUCAUAAUAUGGGUUUAAUGGUUCAAUGUGAUAAAUGCGAAGUUUGGCAGCAUUGUGAAUGCAUGGGCCUUGAUCAGCCUAACAUUCCAGAUCAUUAUUAUUGUGAAUUAUGUAAACCUGAAAACCAUAAAAUAGUUAGCAGUUAUAAUGGAAGAGUGAAACGUCAAUAUAUUUCUUUAGAAAGAACACCCAAGAAACGAACCACUUUAAAUAGUCGAGAAGCAAGUAUGUCUUUAGAAGAUGUAUUAGCAGCAAGAGAUGCAUUAGAAAUGUAUGAAGCUCAUAAAGAUGAUAUAUCAGCAAAUAAUGAAGAGCAAAUAAACAAAAGAAAAAGAGGAUUAGAAAUUCAAGUGCCAGAUACAAUUGAUGAAAAAUCAGAACCAGCUUCUUCUACAGUAGCAAGUCAAGAUGAAGUCACUAUGACUGCUACUGCUACACCUACUGAAAUAAAGGAACAUGAUGGAUCAGAUAUUGAAAAGACACCUUCACAGCCAAUGUUAAAGAAACAAACAGUUAAAAGUGAGGAAAAAAAACGAACUUAUUCUAAUCGAAAUAAUAGAAGAGGUAAACCGAGAUCAAGAACAUCAACGCCUACAAGAGAAUCAUCACCUAUGGCAUCACCAGAUAUAUCUUUCUAUGACACUAAUAAUCAUUCAGAUGAUAGUCAUAGUAGUAGUAGUAUUGCAACUCUUUUAUUUGAACAUUUUUCACCAGAGGCGCGUGCUGCUUCACCGCCAGCGAAAACACGACAACCUCAUGUGCGUAUGAGUUUAUCAGAAAUGAAUAGACGUGCAAAUCAAAUAUUGGAAUACAUUAGUUCAAUUCAAGUAGAGAUGGCUACAAAAGAGGAUCAUGUAUCGAUAAACCGUGCAGGCCAUGGUUUAAUAUCAACUGUCAUAAAUAACAAUACUCCUUUUGAUAAUGAUAAUAAUGAUGAUGAUGAUAAUGAUUCUUUAAGUAGUGCAAGUACAAUUCCAUUAGAAUCUGAUGAAGAAGCAGUGGAUAAAGAAAAUCAAUCAUCCUUUGAAAUUAUGGAUAUGCUUACACGGAAACUAAUUAAAUUUCAAAGACGUUUUGGUCCUAGAUCAAAUAUGUUAUAUGAUGAAGGACGUAUCACGCGUAGUCAUCGUGAAUCAAAUGGAAAUACAAAUAUACAUCGAAAUAAUAUGAUGGCUCAUUAGUUUGUAUAUUUUUCUUCUAUACAUACACAUAUAAAUAAUAUAUAUUUAUACAUAUAUAUAUAUAUUUUUACAUAAUACUUGAUAAUAUUUGUGAAUAUCAUAAAGCAUCCCUUCC